AUAGUCUAGGCCUACAGUGGGUCCGUGUCUGUCUGUCGUCGUGUGUCUGCUAUCUGUCUGUCGACUCUCAAGACUACGAAUAAAGAUACCAUCCAUCGACUCGAUUAAAGACAGACAUUAAAUUACAGACGAUCAGCUCUCUCCGGAAUACAGAUAACUGAAAUGGCUGUCUUUACCAGCAGUCACAGCCGGACCUCAAACAACAUGCCCGUAUCAUCACCCCCGCCCUCCAUCCUCAAAACAUCCAAAACCCCAUCGGCGAUGGCAGGGCAAAAACGUAAAAUAAUAGAAAUAGACGCCUCUUCACAACCGUCGUCCUCCGCCCUAUCCGAUGCUGGCAGUCGCGAUGGACGGAACCCCGUCAAACGUGCCCGGGUCCAAUUCGAUGAUACCGCAAACACGGCACGAGCAAGUCGCUCGUCAGAUGACAAUGACCAACCGCAAGAAAAAAGUGUCGCUUUGGUCCGGGAAGAGAUCCGCAGGGCUAUCCAGCGACAUGUCUCUGGCGCGGAUAGUGAAGGUUACGACCAGAUCAAGGAGAUAUUCACGACCGAUCCCAAAGAAAUUCAAGAUGAGGAGAGUACUGAAAUUCCUAGUCCGACGUCGAUGAAACGCCAUAUGAUGGCUUUAUUGUCGAAUGUUGCCGCGUUGAACCGGGAUUGUUCGGGUCUCGUUCAUGCGGUGUUGGGUAGUGAAUGGCUGGGUCGAGAUGAAUCGUAUGUCAAGUUAUUCGUCCGGUUUUUGGGGAAUUUGGCUGCGACGCAUACGGGAUAUAUGCGCUCGGUGCUCAAGAUGCUGGUGAAUUAUUUCGGAGAGAUCCCCAAAGGAACCGGUAGAAUUCCCGGUUAUUCGAGCGUCACGCAUGAAGAGAUUUACGACCGAGUGCAUAUGGCAUUACGAUAUAUUAUGCAGCUACUACCUGCAGGGAGUAGCGCAUUAUCACCGAUUCUAGCCCAACAGUUUCCUUUUGAUACCGACUCUGCAAGGGCCAACGUAUUCUAUACCCGCAAUCUUAUCAGGUUGAUUGAGUACGCCCCGGAAUUAAGGGCUGAUAUUCUGUCACUGGUCACCGAAAGACUGGUCAAGAUUGAUGUACAGAUCCAAGUCGACAUGGAAGAAUUCGAAGACGAAGUGGGCGAAGAUAUUCUAGAAGAACUCUCCCGCCCUCUUGAAAUCGAGUAUAUGGACGAAGAAGACGAUUCAGAUGGUGAAUCUGUGCUCGACGACGAGGCAGAUAUCGAAGCUCGACGGCUACAAACAGUGAAGGACAAUAUCAGCAAGGUGGAUUCAAUGAUCGAUCAACUGUUUGAGUUUUACUCGUCACCAUUCAAUACCGGCACAGACGAUACAAAGAGUCAAAUACUAGAUUUACUACUUUCCCAUUUCGUCAAUUAUGUUCUGCCUACCUACCGAUCCCGACAUACGCAAUUUCUCGUCUUUCAUUUCUCUCAAUUUUCACCUGAUCUCGUGGAAAAAUUUGUUUCGACCUGUAUGCAUAUCAUUGAUAGCAAGACGCAACCGGCUAUUAUGCGUCAAUCGGCCGCGGCAUAUUUAGGAAGUUUCGUCGCAAGAGGGAAACACGUUACUUCUCGCACUGUUCGUGAUAUAUUUGAAAUGUUGGGCGAGAAUCUGAGCCAUCUCCGAACGACUUACGAGGCUACCUGUCGUGGACCCGAUCUUCGUCGCUACGGACCGUUCUAUGCCUCCACGCAAGCAAUCCUGUAUAUAUUCUGCUUUCGAUGGAGGGAUCUAACGACCGCGGCCGAGGAAAACGACGGUGUCGAAGACGACGACGACGAUUUCGAUUUGGAAGACGUCACGUUCCCACCGUCUGUUAAAGAAAUACUACACCAAGCCAUAUACUCCCGCUUCAACCCGUUGAAGGUCUGUUCACCAGCUAUCGUGACCGAAUUCGCCAGAAUAGCGCACCGCCUCCGUUUCAUGUAUGUUUACUCGUUGCUGGAAUCCAACAAACGGAUCCGCAUGUCUUCAUUCAGAAGUAUAACGACUCUAUCCGACCCGCGGUUCAGCAUUGUGGAACGGGAGAUUCGUGCCGGUAACGACGGCGGCGAUCAGUUGGAUGCAUAUUUCCCGUUUGAUCCGUAUCAGUUACCGCGGAGUAGACGGUGGUUGGAGGGGGAUUAUAUUGAGUGGAGGGGGAUACCGGGGGUCGAUGAUCGGGAGGAUGAUUCAGAUAGUGGUGUUGAGAGGGAGGACGAUGUUGAGGAUGAUCCUACUGCUACUGACGAGGAGUGA